GAGAGAGAGUCGCAGACGCUGAAAGAAAGCUGCAGAGCCAGAGCCAGACUUGGAGAAUGGAGAGGUGCACAGAGAAUCAGGGAACUUUGAUAGGGAGAAACGUCAUCCAAACCGCUUUCAACUCGCCAGAGAGCAACCACUAAAACUGGAAAAACACAGGGUCGAAAAGGGAUGGCCGAUCCUCUGCGGAGGACAUUACUAGCAAAACUUCGGGGGAAGAAAUCCAAGAAAGGGACGACAGCUGGGACAUUCAGCGUUGCUGCUGCUGCUAAUGGUGGUAAUCGUGAAGGUAAAGAAAAAGUUUUGCAGCUGCAGCAGGGAGACGAGCAACAAGAGCAGGCUAGGGUGUUCAGCAGUGCUGGAGGUGUGAGUGUGGUGCAAAACACGAUGUGGGUUAAAGAUAGUUGCUUAAAUGGGGAUUUUGAUGUUAAGAGGGAGGUCGGUUUGUUACGUGAGAGCGUGGUUGUUGGGACUGCAUUUUCACAUUGCGAGACUCUGGUGCACCCGAUAAACAGACGAGGGAAUGUACACAGCAGCGAGGAGUUUCACUUUAGCGCUCGGGUUAAUGAACAACUCUUGGGGGUUUCCUUAAGAGAUGCCCAAGCAAACGGUAGCCAAGCAGGCACAUUGCGAAAUUUUAAUGAGCAAGAUCCCAGUUUCAUGAGACUAGCGAUACCGGGGUCAUUGGACAGACCCGAGGGACAGAAACAAAUUCCCCGACAGUAUUCCGGAGACUCGAUUGGAUUUGGGAUUUGUGAAAAUCGCGCUUUACCAGGAAGGGCUUCUUCAGAUGCGGUGACAGCUAUUGCUAGUACGAGUUUGACAGGUGGUCAGUAUCUUGUUUCUGAGAAUAAAAAUAUGGGUAAUGAAAAAGAUCACGUGACUCGCGGGGACGAGACUGAUUUUCCCCAGCAAUCUGACUACGAUUUUGGAUUCAUGGGGAAUUGUAUUAAGAGAACAGAGCCAAACUUCUCUGCUGAUUGUAACAUAAACCACGAAACAGAUGUGCAAGUGAAUGGGACACAAAUGUACCGCUUUGCCGCACCAACUCAGUGCUUGCGACUUGCCACCGGUACAUUGGAAGAGAGCUCGUUGAUCAAAAACACAGGACGUUAUGUUAGUGGCUUGACAUGUUCCAGAGAAUACAGUGCCGUUAAUUUGCGAAAUCCAGCGUUUUUCCCAAUUGAUUUAGAGAAUUUAGUCCCUAGCCUUGCUUGCCAGAACUGCACAAGUUUAGAAUCAAGAGAGGGAAUCCAGCGCCACAAUUCAAUAGACAGUGAAGGUGAUGAUUAUUAUGAUAACGAAACCCUGCCGUGCUAUGAGCCUGACAUUAAAAACUAUCAAAUAAAUAACAAUAAUAAUAAUACCUCGAAGGAUACACCAAUUUCCAGUUUAGUCACCUGUGAAACUGUUGACGGUUUCGGUAAAGGUGCAAAUGACAGUGCAGAGGAGACAGACAGGCUCAGGACUCAGCUUAACGAAGCAUAUUAUUUGCUUAUAAACGCAAUGCAAGACACAAGCAUCGACAACCAGCCAGGUAGCAAUAGGUUUUGUGAUGACCUGAGCACGCCGAGUUGUCAUUCACAAGAUAGUGUUUGCACACACUCUUCUGUCAGGGCUUUAGAUAGUGAUGCAUGGUCUUCUGGAGACAGUCCUCCAAAUGUAUCCGAUACCGAUUCUUUGCAUGUGAAUCACACAGAAAUCUGCAACGCCUCUGCUAAACGGAAAGUAGUCAGCAAAAGCGUUGAAAACAUAUCGGUUGUUGCAACAAGGCCACCCUUAUUGCAGAGGACAGUUAGUGCUGGAGAUAUCAAAUACGCCGCAGAGCAUGCUUUAGGUAGCACACGUGUUUUAAAAAACAAUUCCUGCCAGGUUUCCAAUGAUACACAAGAUGGUGAAACUGAAAUGCAUGACCUGGUUCCAGAAACCAGCUACGCUAAGCGCCUGUCCUCUUAUGAUGGCAUAAGUAGCGAUGAUUUAUUGCAAGCCUACAGGGACAACGUUUUGCUGAAUGAGAGCAAUGGUUCUGUGACUAGUUCCACAGGCUCAAGCGAUACAGUUGAAGCCAUGGGCAGCAAAAUAGCCGAUUGUAACGAAGGUCAGGUGAAUUCUGCAAAGCCACUCGGGGUGACGGUCAACAAGAUGCAGCAGUGGAUGCACAAAGGCCGCUUACUCUCCUCAGAAAUGAAACAGCGCAUCUCCGGCUCUUCUCUUCGGGGCAGAGGGUCUUCGAGGUCGCUCCGAGGUCAGGCUGUCAAGAAAGAAAAAGUUUCAAAGACGUCACCCGACCCUCCGUCAUCGGGAGGGCAAGGAAGCAUCCCUGGCUCUAGCAGCCAGACAAUCCUGCAGACAGACCUGAUUGAGAAUGUACGCAGCUCGAGCGUGGGCCACUGGGAUCGAAGAGUGAUCAGGUAUAACGAGGCCAACGAGCCCAGCCCCCCUGUCAACAGCAUCACCGUGUCGAAGAAGCGCAACUGGCUAGAGCAGAGCUCCCACAAACCCCAGUCUUACGAAGAGUGCAUUGCUGCCACGGAGGACGAUUGUGGUCAUGUGGCGAAUCCAUCUAGCCCUGAAAACCCACUGCAGAGUGGGACCAAUGCUACACUGCCAGCAGGACAGGGGUUUCGGACUGUGCACAUCACUGUGAGCCCCACACUCACCUGUCCGCGCAUGACAGACCCCACUGAGGAAAAUGACGCAGACGAUGAAGGAGACAUUUGGUACAACCCCAUCCCAGAGGAUGAGGAGCCUGAGCUACCCCAGGGGCUUUGCUCUGUCGCAAGGGGUAAGGACUUGCAAGCUGUCCAUUCCCUGGUCCCAGUCAAUAGCCAGAAGAAAUUGAGUAACGGGGACUCGGGUAAGGGGCUGAGGUCCACCACAGCUAGUAGCUCCCCAAAUUCCUCUCAGAUUCUGGGGGACUGUCAGGCUGUUCCAACCAGCCAGAUAAAUCUUGCGAAUUCUGUACAUUCCACUGAGCGUUUGCAGCUGCACAGGCAGAUGUUUGCGUGCAAACCAGGGAGAGGGGCGGCAAUAGAAGAGAAUCCUGCUCCCAAGCCCAGCGCUGCAGUUACCGGCCCUACAGACGGUACCUACACGUCAGACUUGAGGUUUUCACCCCCUUCCAGCCCAAACCCCUUGAAGAAGGGUGGCUCCAUCAACUGGUCCUUUCCAGACAAGAUUAAAUCCCCCAGAACUGUUAGGAAACUAUCAAUGAAAAUGAAGAAACUGCCAGAGCUCAGUAGGAAGCUGAGUGUGAAAGGGACUUCCAGUAGCAGCCACCCUGAGCCCCAACCAGCCUCUCCCAAAAGCAAUGAGAGCAGCAGCCGGACAGAUUCUGCACAAGGUCCACCACUGUCUCCAGGGAGCAGCACAGCAGCCAGCAGGAAUGUCAUCUCUCGCUACCACCUGGACAGUAGUGUAUCGACCCAACACAGCUACAAGAAGAAGAACGACACAGGAGGCUCCAAGUCAGCCAGUAAGGGGGGCUACCUGAGUGAUGGUGACUCCCCGGAACUGGUGACCAAAUCGGGCAGCAAAGCUGGUAAAAGCAAAGAGCCCCCUACCAACAGUCACAAAGUCCAUGUCACAGAAAUUGACAUUGAUGCCUUCCGGCACUAUAACUUUGCCGACAAGCCUAAAUGCUCGCAGUAUAUAUCUGGACUCAUGAGCGUGCACUUCUACGGAGCCGAGGACCUGAAGCCCCCAAGAAUCGACUCCAGAGAAGUCUACUGUGCCAUUCAGGUGGACUCAGUCAACAAAGCCCGGACUGCUUUGCUGACUUGCAAGACUACGUUUUUGGACAUGGACCACACAUUUAACAUUGAACUAGAGAACGCCCAGCACUUGAAGCUGGUGGUCUUUAGCUGGGAGCCCACACCCAGGAGGAACAGGGUCUGCUGCCACGGGACAGUAGUGCUACCCACGCUCUUCAGGGUCACCAGGACCCACCAGCUGGCUGUGAAACUGGAGCCGAGGGGAAAGAUCUACGUGAAGCUGAACCUAAUGGAGCAGUGGCAGAACUCUCUGGAUAGCCUCAGCAGGGAGCAGGAGCACGCAGUGUUUGGUGUGGAGGCCUGGAAGCUGGUUGAGAAGGAGAAUGCUGGGAUCAUGGUGCCUCUGCUGAUUGAGAAGUGCAUCACGGAGAUUGAGAAUCGAGGCUGUCAGGUUGUUGGAUUGUACCGCCUCUGUGGGUCGGCGGCAGUGAAGAAGGAGCUCCGCGAGGCCUUCGAGAGGGACAGCAAGGCCGUAGAGCUCUCUGAAAACCAGUAUCCCGACAUCAACGUCAUCACAGGUGUUCUCAAGGACUAUUUGAGAGAGCUGCCGUUUCCUCUGAUAACAAAACAGUUGUACGAAGCUGUGCUGGAUGCCAUGGUUAAGAGACCUCUCAGGAUUGGCCCCAGUGGGUGUGAAAAUGAACCGUGCGACUCGGAAUACACAGUCAGUCUCUUGGAGCACUUGCCCGAAGUGGAGAAGGUUACUUUGAGGAUGCUGCUGGAUCACCUGAAGCGAGUGGCGUCCUACCAUGAAGUAAACAAGAUGAACUGCCAGAACCUGGCUGUGUGUUUUGGGCCAGUUUUGCUCAGCCAGCGACAGGAGGCUUCUCACCAUAGCAACCGAGUGUUCAUUGACUCAGAGGAGCUGGCAAGCGCGCUCGACUUCAAGAAACACAUUGAGGUGCUGCAUUACCUUCUGCAGCUCUGGCCAGUGGUAGAUUCAUGCACCAAAGACUGGCUUGUGAGCCACACGUCUGCUGAGCAGCCCGCUAACGCACUCUGUUUGCGGAGGAGGCAGCGGCCACAGCCUUGUAUGCUGGACUUGAGCAGCGUUGAGAUGGCUGGGGUAUUGAGGCCCAGACAGGGGAGGCUGGACAGUUCUAGUAACCGCUACGCCAGGGACUGGAGCACAAUGGGAGAAAGUUACUUCCAGCCCCCGAAGGAAAACACUGCUGCUGAUGAGGCAGAUUACGAUGACGUCCCUUCUGAACAGCCUGAAAGCGAGGAGGAAGUUGAGGAGGAAGGGGGAUCCAAGAUGGAAGGACUUUCUGACCACAUUGUGACCCCUCUAAAACCAGUAUCCAAAGAACACACUUACCAGGCCUACAUGAAAAUCCAGGAGAUCAACCCUGCUCUUAACCACCCUGUGAACCUCAAAGACCUGCAGGAAAGCAUUGACACUUUGAUCGGUAACUUAGAGAGGGAACUCAACAAAAACAAACUUAAUGUUGGGUAUUGAAAGUAGCAGCCCGGCAGGCCUUUUGUGAACAGUUUGUGCUUAUAUAUACCAGAUGAUUGUUUUUGUCCUUCUGGGCAUCUGGGGUUGUCUGACCAAUUUGUAGGCAUUUCGUGACAUUUUUUUCUUUUUUCUUCUUAUUAGAAGAAUUCAUUGACCCUUAGGGGUGUAAAGGUGCCUUAAUUGUGUCAAGGUGGUACUGUGGAGAGCGUGCAGAGCUUUAUAUUAAGGUACAUUUUAAAAUGUAAACCAGUGCACUUAUGAAGCAGAUGUUUGGAGGGUGAAUCUAUUAAAGGAUGUAUUAGCCAUCUUCUCUCUUCAAAUGUUCUGCAGGGACAGGACUCCUUCAUCUUGGGACCUAAUGUUGUUAAAUCUUUUCCUUAUCAAGAAUGUUUGAAAUGCUGCUUGGCCAGUGUGGUAGUUUUAUUUUUUUGUGUAUGUAGAGGGGCAGCAAAAGAAUGAGAGAGAAUUGUUUCUACCGGUUUCACACUUUGGGGAUGGGGGGUGGCAGAGUAUGUUAAUUUAAAAUCUCAUACCUUUAAUAUGCAUUAACAUGGCUGCUAUAAAAGAUUCUUCUAUAGCUUAGGAUUGGUACAAAAAGAAGACAUUCUACCAGUAUCUCUGUAACUGUAUUUAAAUUCAAAGAUCCAAAUGCUAUAGUUUUCUACCCAGUAUAUUUUUGAUAAAGUGUGAACACAAGCUGUUCUUAGUGAUGUACCCACCAGAAGGCCAAAAACUGCCUAUGAAAUUAAUU